UUUGUUGUUAUUUAAAGUGCAUCUCAUAGAAAAAGUGCCAAAAGUUCUGCCUCUAGCAGGGAUGUUUUGCCAUCGGUAACGAAACUUCCUAAAGGGACAGAGGAACAGAAUGACGUCCGAACGAUUUCACAGAGCUGCACGCGAUGGCGCCUUAGACAUCUUAAAAGAAGCAACAAAAAAGGAUUGUAACGCGCGGGAUGACGGUGGAAUGACCCCUACAUUAUGGGCAGCCUUUGAAGGUCAUAUAGAUGCUCUGAGACUGCUCGUCGCCAGAGGGGGGGAUCCCGACAAAACCGAUUAUUUUGGUAAUACGGCCCUUCACCUGGCAGCGGCAAGGGGUCAUGAAUAUUGCGUCAAGUUCCUCGUGAAAUUCGGCUGCAAUAUUUGGUCAUUGGAUAUCGACAGGCAUUCAGCUAGAGACUUGGCUGCUAUAAAUGGUAGAGAGAUGACUCUUCAGUUUCUAGAUCUCGCUCAAGCUGAUCAAGAAUUAAAUAAUCGCAAAAAGAGUCGCUUACUUCGAGAAAAGGCAGAAAAAGAUGCUGAAAAAAGAUUAAAAGAAUAUAUGAAAAAACAGAAGAUGGCGGAAAUCAGAGCUGAAAAGGAACAGAAAAAGUUAUCAAAAGAUCGAACGAAAUUGGAUUUAGCUACGGUUAACGAAACCGGCAUUCUACCUCACAAACCCAGUAUGUUGACCUUCAAAGGUCGAGUGAAGCCUUCACCAACAUUCAGCGAUAUCGUUGGCACUACUGCAAAGAAACAAGGCAGUGCAGUGUGCAGAAAAGCUUUAGCGAGAAAAGCCGUUGAUGAUUUCAAAGUAGUAGAGAUUGAAGUAAAUGGAAAAAAAUCGAUACGUAGUCUCACUGGUCUUAGAAGAGAUUCUGAAGUAAUGUACGUAGGAACUUACGAAACGCAAACUCAACAAGCAGGAAGAAGAGGAAAAAUCUCUGACGUUUGGGGUACACUAAGCAAAGCACAAAGUACUCCUGAUCUCUUGGGCGAUCGAUCCUUUGACGAAGAUAUCGAACAAGAUGAUAGAGAAAACAUGGAUGGCGUAGGAGAUAAUGUUUUGCUGCAAGAACCGGCAAGUAUCUUCAAUCGUCCUGGUUUUGGAUCGGUAGCAUUUCGAAGAGCGAUAACAACUACUUUUGAUAAUCUACCAGUCUCGCAAGUGGAUGCACAUGAACAAAACGGUAACUCUUGCGUGAAUGGUUCUGUAAACGGAUCUAUAAAUGGUCAUAGAACCAACUCAAAUGGACACAACGAAGAAAUCAGCAUAGGAAGCGCAGGUAGUUUAGCUCGCCGACAAAGUAUGUGGGAUGAUGAUUUGCUUUCAGAGGAAGAAACCGAUGAAGAAUGGACGCCAUUGCAAAGAUUUUUAGUUGCCAAUAAUCUUUCAUCGGUACAUCCGGUUUUAGAAUCAGAACAAAUUGAUCUAGAAGCCCUAAUGUUACUAACUGAAACUGAUAUAGCGGCACUUAAACUUCCACUUGGACCUAAAAGGAAAUUAAUGAAUGCAAUAGCUAACAGGAAAAGAGCAUUAGAUACUCCAGAAAAUGUCAUUAAAGAUAGUAGACUGUGAAACUUGAAAUAUUACUGAGGAAACAAAAGAAUAUUAGCUUUAUUUUCAAAUAUUUUAAUCUUGCCUAAUAAAUUGCUUAAGUACCUACUAAAAAAUUAUACAACUAAUUUCUAACACAAAACUAAAUUGUAUACAACAUAUAAAAAAUCAAUACAAACUUUAAUUAUAGUUCAUAUAAAAUUUCGCGUGAUUAUUUUAAUUACACGGAUGUGUAGGUGUUAUAAAAUUACAUUAUUUUUUUGCUACAAUCAAAUCAUAAGACGCGAUGUAUCGCUUCUUGCCAUUUUCCUUAUAAUUAAUGUACUACAAAAAAUGUACUACAAAAUGUACUACAAAAAGCUACUCAUUUCCGGAAAAAAUUACAAGCCAUAAAAGUAUAAAUUAAUAAUUCACUGUAUGAACGACAUGUUGAAAUACUAUUUCAUCGUGCAAAAAUCCUAAUUUUUUGCUUGUAUGGUGCCUUAAAACAAUAGAAUACAUUACUAAGUUAAUUAAUGUAAAUGAGAAUGUAAAUGCCAAUUUAAUAGAAUGUAUCUUUAUAGAUUCUUUAGACAAUAGGAUAAGUGAAAUUAAUUUUUUCUUAUUGGUCAUAUAAAUACAAUAUACAAAGUGUACAAAUCGCAUAAAACUAAAACAUGUAAAUAUGAUACGAAUAAAUAUCGAAAACAUUUUAUAAGAUAGUCUUAUUUUGUAAAAAAUAUAUUAAUAAUUUGUACACAAAAGGCAAAUACUAACAAUAUAAUAAUAUUUUUUUCUUUGUAAUUUUAUUUGUAAAUGAUUAUCUUACAAACAAGAGACGCAAAAAUAUACAAGCUUCUUAUAGUCGCAAAAAAUUACAGCACCAUUUUUCGCCUCGCCGCGAACACCCAUUUCAUGUUCUCUUACGGUUUUUCCGUGUUCGUGCAAGUAGAAUUUGGUGAUACAUUUGUUGACAAAAAAGUACAUCACGUUGCGAUUAAUGUGCAUCAGAAUAAAAAAAAUGGUUUGUAGAAAAUUUGUUGGUGCCCUGUGUUUGUGACACGUACGCGUUUCUACGCACCUGUAUAAUUAGCGUACGAACUACCAUUAUUGUGAAAAAGAUAUGAUACAGAAGUGAUUCUCGCGAUCUCACCUACUAAGGCUGCCCGAUUAAUCGAUUAAUGAAUAAUAAAUAUUGAUGUUUAACUUGUCCGAUUAUUCUAGAGUACUAUCAAUUUAUUAAUAUAAAAACGGAUUAAUUUAUUUUUACUAUUAAUCGAUUAAUUUCAGAGCCCUAUAAGCUAUGUCUUCUGUUUCUAUACACAACAGUCGGUUUUGCAUAAUGGCAAUUUCAUUGAAAACUCCUUUUGGCAGCAAAUAUGAAUGACAAAUUUCGUUAAAGAAACACGGAAGUCAUCGAUUCACAAAAAGAUUAUUUAUAACGUAAAAUUUAAUUUCUUCAUAAAAGAUAUUCGUUUCCUAUUCAUUUACAAUCUCAAAAUA